AUGGCGAUUGUGAUCCUGUCCCGUGGCAAGUGCGGCCUCUCCAAGUGCAUCACUCGUUACAUGGUAGCCAUGGCGACCGCGGACCUCUCUGUGAUUUUCUGUGAGGUGAUAUUUCACCGGAUUGCUGAUACGUAUUGGUGGCAUGUCUCCUUGCCCUACACUCCUGUGUGCAAAAUAACAAUCUACCUCGCGUCAGUCACGGUGAAUUGUUCUGUGUGGUUCACAGUCGCGUUCACAUUUGAUCGCUUUGUUGCGAUUUCUACUCAGAAAAUGAAAACCAACUAUUGCACAGAGAGCACGGCGACGAUUGUUAUCCUGACGGUGAGCCCGCUCGUCUGCCUCAAAAAUCUACCCUUGCCCUUCGCAUACACUUCUUAUCGCGGAACGGGUAGAGAACUGGGCUGCUUCAAACUCGUACAUUUUUACAUUCAUCCCGAAUGGAUAGUGUUCUCUUGGGCCGAACAGUUGUUCACCCCGGUGAUUCCAUUCUGCCUGAUUUUGUUGUUUAACGCGCUCACCAUCAGACGCAUUUCCGUGGCCAGUCGGGUCCGCAGGAACCUCCGGGACCUCAGCGGUGGCGCGAAAAAGAAAGACCAGGAGAUGGUGAACCGCAGACGGUCGGUCGUUUUACUUCUGGCAAUCUCGAGCUCCUUCAUCCUGCUCUGGGCCACAAGUGUUGCACAGUUUAUUGCGGUUCGAUGUUUGAAUGUGUUUAUGCACAAGGCCUGGGGAAACCCUUUGGAAGGAUUGGAAAAUGUUGGAUGCAUGCUUCAGCUGCUGAGCUCCUGCACCAACACGGCCAUUUACACCGUGACCCAGAGCAAGUUCAGAGAGGAGCUGUUCCGUGUGCUAACGUACCCGAUCCGUUGCACUGGAAAGUUAUUUAAAUUGGCAAACUGA